GCGCGCGCGCGACCCGAGUGAGUGCGCGGUGUAGGGGGCGAGCGGUGGCGGUGGCGCGGAGGGAAGGAGGCGGAGGAAGGAGGAGGAGGAAGACGACGACAGGCAGCGGCGGCAGAAGCAGCAGCAGCAGGAGCAGGAGGCACUGAGCACUGACCUGUGUGGACGGCGUUUCGUGCCCCGUCUUUGCCGGAGGAGCCUCUCACCCGCGCCCCGGGCACGGAGCCGACACACCGACACACCGACACACCGACACACCGACCGACCGACCGCCGGCGCAGACAUGUCGGACAAGGAGCCCAAGCAGCAAUCGACCACGGAGCGCACCGUCAAAUCUGUGCCCUUCCCUCCGAGCCACCGACUGACCAUCAAGGAGGUGUUUGACCACGAUGGGAAACCGCGGGUGGACGUCCUCAAGGCUCACCUCACCAAGGAAGGUCGGGUGGAGGAGACCGUCGCCAUGCGCAUCAUCACCGAAGGAGCAUCCAUCCUGCGACAAGAGAAGACCAUGCUCGACAUCGAAGCACCAGUCACGGUUUGUGGCGAUAUCCAUGGGCAGUUCUUCGAUUUGAUGAAGCUGUUUGAGGUUGGUGGAUCUCCAGCAUCUACUCGCUACCUCUUCCUGGGCGACUACGUGGACAGAGGCUACUUCAGCAUUGAAUGUGUGUUAUACCUCUGGGCCUUGAAAAUCCUGUAUCCAAAAACGUUGUUUCUCCUUCGCGGGAAUCACGAGUGUCGGCAUUUGACGGAGUAUUUCACCUUUAAGCAGGAAUGUAAAAUUAAAUAUUCGGAGCGAAUAUACGAUGCGUGCAUGGAUGCUUUUGAUUGCCUGCCUUUGGCUGCUCUCAUGAACCAGCAGUUCCUGUGUGUACACGGUGGCCUCUCCCCAGAAGUCAACAACUUAGAUGACAUCAAGAAGUUAGAUCGAUUCAAAGAGCCCCCUGCUUACGGACCCAUGUGUGACUUGUUGUGGUCGGACCCACUAGAAGACUUUGGCAAUGAAAAGUCACAGGAGCACUUUACUCACAACACAGUCCGAGGCUGUUCUUACUUUUACAGUUAUCCUGCCGUGUGCGAUUUCCUACAGCACAAUAAUUUAUUAUCAGUAAUCCGAGCGCACGAGGCACAGGAUGCUGGGUAUCGAAUGUACAGGAAGAGCCAGACAACAGGCUUCCCCUCACUAAUCACCAUCUUCUCGGCUCCCAACUACCUGGAUGUCUACAACAACAAAGCUGCGGUUCUGAAGUAUGAGAAUAACGUGAUGAACAUCAGACAGUUCAACUGCUCCCCACACCCGUACUGGCUGCCCAACUUCAUGGAUGUCUUCACCUGGUCCCUGCCCUUCGUGGGGGAGAAAGUGACUGAGAUGUUGGUCAACGUGCUGAGUAUCUGCUCUGAUGAUGAACUGAUGACCGAAGGAGAAGACGGCUUUGAUGUUGCCUCUGCAGCUGCCCGUAAAGAGGUGAUCAGGAACAAGAUUCGAGCGAUUGGCAAGAUGGCCAAGAUGUUUUCUGUCCUCCGAGAGGAGAGUGAGAGCGUGCUGACGCUGAAGGGGCUGACCCCGACAGGCAUGCUGCCCAGCGGAGUGCUCGCUGGAGGCAAACAAACCCUUCAAAGUGGUAAGAGCCAGAUUCCUUCCGCCCCUCUCCUGUUGCUGAUGGGCUGCACACAGCUGCACCACUCUCACCAGUCUGUUUGCUGCCAGUGUUUUCACACUGCACACCCUGUUCCAAUUCUGAUAAUGACCAGUACAAGAACAGAGUCAAUUCGUGGCUUCUCCCAACGGUUAACAAUCUAACGUCCUAGGAGCAGA